AGUUGCUGCAUUACAAAUAACUUUUAAAUAAGAUGGUUCAGUCAGGUUCUUUAUUUGUCUUAGAGAAAGGAUAUCCAAAACACAUGUCUGAAAAAUACAAUUGUACAGGGUUUCUACAGGAUUACCUCACACCACUUUCUCUAACACAGAAUCUAACACAGAAGUGAAAGUAUAUCUUACCUGACAAAUUAUCACAAAUAUAGUUCAGAUAUUACCAUUUUAUUACUAAAUUUUAUUACACAACCAAACAUCUGACCGUAUGUGGCAUGGAUAGCCCCUGCACUUGAAAAGAAUUAGUGGAAGAUCCUGAAAGGAGAAGACUUAGCUAUGCUUAAUUGUCCAUGUGACUUGCUCCCUGACCUAGUCACAUGUCUGGCUCUUUCUCCAUGUGCUCCAAGAACCUAGUUAGUCUGCUUUAUCCAAUUUUUCAGCCUGCUCUUCCCUGAAAAGGAAGCUCAGCAAGAGAAAAGUUUCAAAUUAGAACCAUUCCCCACAACAUGCAGUACCACCUGAAAAUAUUGAAACAACAAGUUGGUUCAUCCUUCAGCCAAGGUGACAGACACUCAAAUGGCUCUGGAAGACAACACUGCAAACUGGCUGAAACUUUAGACCCAGAGGAACUGGAGCUCAAACAGAAGUUGAAGAAGCUGACCGAAAACAUCAGUGAUAAAGAAAAAUGUUCUGAAGAGAACUGUACAUCUGAUGAGGAUGAGGCCAAUCAACUAAGAGAUGAUAUUAAACCUCCAGGGACAAAAGAGCCUUAUUUUGCCUCGGCCCUUAGAAGUAAAACUAUGACAUCAGAUGAUUUCUUUGGCAGCUUUUUUAGGAAUGAGCUGUCCUCUCUGCAGAGGUCUGCUGUUGAUCUUGAGAGACCCACUGUCACCCAAAGGAGGUUGAGUUUCUAUGAGGUCAGUACUGCAAGCUGUGAGCUGUCUCGGCUAGAGGAUGAAGUAGCAACGGCAGUGGCCAGAGUCCAGAGAGCUCAAAGUGAGGUUACAGCUAUCCAAAAGCGUAUUGCUGCCUUAGGACAGGAAUAGCAGUGGAAUUUCACCAGCAAAAGUCUCUAGAGUUUACAUAGGAUGGUGUGAAAACCAAACAAAACAUCAGGUAGGAGGAGAAUGCCCCGACUGGUUCAAGCUGACAGGAAGUCUAUGGUAACUCAAAUAACUACUCUUUGUAAAUGUGAUGAGCAGAAAAUCUUCACAGAAGACACAACACAUUGAACCUUGAGGUGGAUGGCCUACAACAGAAGUAGACCACAUUGAGUUCCACUCUGGGUUCCACUCUGAACAGGAAUCUGAGGCUACAAUCUACAGAGGUUUGGAAAGAUUGGAAAAACAUUGCCUGGUCUGCCAAGUUUUGUGUCUUUUACUCCAUCCUGUAUAAACUCUAUAAAUUGUUUAUGAAAAUCCCAGAAGAACAGCAGUUUCUGAAAAGCUCAAACCAAUAUGUCUGGCACCAAUAACCAUGCCAUGGACAAAGUCAUUUAAAAUUUGAAAUAAACAUAAGGUUUUUUAGAAUUUUGAAAUAUUUCAAACGAAGAAAGUAAAUGUACAAUAUGCACUUGCAUAUUGGAGACACCUGUGUCCAAUUGUAUGCAUGCACAAUUAAUAUUUCUGACUUUGAAAUCUUUCACAGCUAAAAUGGCCAAUCAAACCAGCCCUGCGUUCAUGUUGACCAAGGAACUGACGGUGAAUCUUCGACUUGUUCUCAGUUUCACUAUUCACUUACUUAAUCCCCAUUCUGUUUCAGCCAUAUUGCGAAGUAAUUGUUUCCUUUGUUUCUGUACGAAGCCUUGAGUCCCAUGUUGCUAUUUUGGUUUUUGACUUUGAUUGUUUCCUGUUGUUUUGUAUUUUGGUUUCUCUAUGAUAUCCUGUUUGCUGAUCGCCUGACACUUUUGCCUGCCUUGACUUUGAUAUUGCCUUAUGGAUUGGAUUUGUUUGUUGGACUUUAUUUAAUAAACUGCUUAAACCGCAUUUGCAAACGUCUCCGACUCUCCAUUGUGACAGAGUGGUGACAUUAGUGGUGGGCAGAGCGAGGCUUUGUGG